AUGGCAUCCAAAAGCAGCGGCAGCAGCAGCAACAAGGCCCAACAGAGCAUCAAAAUAACGAAGCAGACCCUCAAACAGAUCAAGGAACUCGAACAGCAGAUCAAACUCGCACCAAACCAAGACCUCAACCCGAUUGCAGACCUACUAGAGCGGCUCUCGGAGGAAGUCAAAGAACAGCGGAAACAGAAGAAAGCCGCCAGCCAGCCAGCCCAAGUGACCCAUGCACUGAUCUACUCACUCCAUCGGAUCUUCUCAUCGCUCAUCCGCCAGGGAAGGAUCCAUGGCAGCCCAUCACAAAGAUCUGAGACCCAAGCGGAAGAAGAGGCCGUCAAGCUGGUCAAGGACUGGCUCAAGACGCAGUACAGCCAAUUUAUAGACUGCCUCCUCGCUCUCCUCCGUACGCCCACCCACGAGGAAAGCGGCGCACAGAUCGAGCUUGACUGUCUGACAAUCCUGAUGAACCUCGUCCGCUACGAAUCAGACGUCAUCCGCUCCCUGAAAUACUCGCGCAAUCCUCAGACCGGCGCGGAUGUCGACCUCAAAUUCCCUCCCGCCGGCUUCGAAAGCUCUACCUUCCUCAAGCUCGUCAAGGCCCUCCUUAUCCCGAACGAUCCCCAUCAAGUCCCUCCCUCCGUCAGAGCUGAGUUCAUCCUCCGCUACCUCAACUUUUGUGAUGAUAUCCGCUUCCGAUUCCUCAAGGACGCUACUUUUCUCUGCCAAUCGUUCAACCCCGAAUCAUCCCAACAAGGCCGCAAGAAAAAGAAAGCUAAAGCAGCAGCAACCAAGGAUAUUGGAGAUGGCGUUUCAAAAGACGGCUUGACACGGAACCUGCUCAUGUACCUGGAAUCUCUCACGACGAUGCCAACUAGUGUAGACGAGCUGAACCAGUUCUGGACGGGCAAGCCGCAAGAAGAAGGAAGUGGGAGUGGGCCGACGAAGCGGAAGAGCAUGGGGACGGAGGGUGAGGGACGGAGGAGCAAGAAGAAGACGAAGGUGGCUAGCGACGGAAGCACGGGGAUCUUUGACGACCCGACCGAUUCUGAAGACUCGGAAGAGGAGCCAGACUCGGAACAGCGAAGCAAGGACCAGCACCCCUUACUCGUGCUCCGGGCCCAUCAGAAAGCCUUCUCGGACUGCUGGGUCGCUUUCUUGAGCCUCCAGGGCCUCGCCGAGGCCGACAUCAAACGCGUCCUCAAAAUCCUCCACAACCAAGUUAUCCCUCACAUGAUUGACCCCAAGAUCCUCAUGGACUUCCUCGUCGACUGUCUUGACUAUGGCGGCUCGAUCUCCGUGUUAUCCCUGAACGCCUUGUUCACCCUCAUGUCCAAACAUAACUUGGACUAUCCCGACUUCUAUACAAAACUGUAUGCGCUCAUCGAUUCAUCGAUCAUGCAUACCCGCCACCGGCCGCGUUUCUUCCGGAUGCUCGAAGUCUUCCUCUCCUCCACUCAUUUACCCGUCAACAUUGUCGCCUCCUUUAUUAAGAAGAUCGCCCGCAUCAGUCUUUUCGCCACCCCCGGCGCAAUCAUCGCCGUCGUCCCGUUCUGCUAUAACCUGAUCAAAAUGCAUCCUACCGUCAUGGCCUUACUUCACCGAAUCCCUGACGGCCAAUCCAAAACACUCAAAGCGCUCGAAAUCAGUGAUCCGUUCAGAUUCGAUGAGCCCGAUCCACUCAAGACCGAGGCGAUAUUCAGCUCAGCGUGGGAGUUUGUCGGUCUGCGCUCGCAUUACUUGGCCAGUAUCGCCACCCUCUUCAAGGUCUUUCAAGAGUCGUUCGAUAAACCUAAGUACGACUUGGAAGACUUCCUCGAUCACACAUAUUCUAGCUUAAUCGAAACCGAACUUACACGACUGAUUAAAAAACCUCCAGCACUCAGUCUCUUCGCGUCGUCCUACAAACAACAACCCUCCACUUCCUCAACACUUAAUCAGAAGAACGAUUCUUCGAAGUGCGUCGUCGUGGAUGAUAUUGUCAACCAGAUGUGGAAGAUAUAA